AUGCAGAAAGAAACUGAAAGACCCGCUAAGGGACCUCAAUCUCAGUUCCAGCAGGGACAUCAGAUUCCAGUGCAGCAUCACGAGAAGCCUGGUCUACAAGAUGACAUGGAGGAUCCGAAGCCCACUUCAACCCAGCUGCCAACAGAGGACGGCGGCUAUCAGGCAUAUAAAGCCGCGGGAAAGCUAAGUGGAAAGAAGGCAAUCAUAACUGGGGGCGAUUCAGGAAUCGGCCGAGCCAUUGCUAUUCUGUUCGCAAUGGAAGGCGCAACUUGUCUGAUCACAUAUCUGCCUGAAGAAGAGAAAGACGCCAAGGAAACCGUGCGUCGGGUUGAAGAGGUGGGACAGAAGUGCCAUACCAUCUCUUUAGAUUUACGAGGCAAAGAAAAUUGCAAGAAGGUUGUUGAUAAAGCCUUGGAAUGUUUGGGCGGUAUCGACAUCUUGGUCAACAACGCCGGGACGCAAAACAUGAUUGAAGACAUCAAGGACUUGGAUGAGGAACAGUGGGAAGCUACUUUCGACACGAAUAUUCACUCCGUCUUUUACCUCUCCAAGUACACCCUUCCCCACCUGAAGAGUGGCUCAAGCAUCAUCAAUUGCGCGUCGAUCAACGCCUAUAUUGGACGGCCGGACCUGCUCGACUAUACCGCCACUAAAGGUGCCCUCGUCGCAUUCACCCGAGGAUUGUCGAAUCAACAGAUCAAGAACGGUAUUAGGGUCAAUGCUGUUUGUCCAGGGCCAGUCUGGACUCCGCUCAUUCCUGCGACUAUGAAUUCUUCGGCUAUGGAGCAAUUCAGUGGCACUCCGCUCGGUCGGCCAGGUCAACCCAGCGAGGUUGCUUCAUGUUUCGUAUUCCUUGCGAGCCAGGAUAGCAGCUUUAUCUCUGGACAAUGCCUGCACCCUAAUGGGGGUGUCGUGGUCAAUGGCUGA